AUGCCUACUUCUCCGAUAGAAGUUCUCUUGCAGCGAGACAUGGAAUGGAGGGCCGACGAUGUCACCAAGUUUGCAGCAGAUAUAAGCUCGAGGGUUGGUGAUGCGGACACGCUUGUAGGCGCACCAAGUAUCAAAGACGUCGAGUACAAGGAAAAGUCGGAUGUCAAUGAUGCGGAUAUGCUUGUAGGCUCUCAGGUUGUCAAGGAAGCAGACAUAGGCAGUACUGUAGCGAGAAAAGAUGAGGGAAAAUCUCAGCCAAGUGGUUUGCAGCGAGAUGUGCAGGCAGAGGUCGUCACCGCAGAUGGGCUUGCGGUGGAGCAACGUGGAGGGCCAUUCAGCGGGACCGAGGCCGCUGAGCUCUUCGAAUCUGAACACCCGGGGGUAUUGUUCGAUCUCCAAUGCAAUGAUUGA